CCAACUACCUACCCUCAAUUCAUCAGUAACUGUCACCGGCGAAAGAAUCGGAGCAUCCGAGGUUUUGGUCGUACGGCACGAUUGGGCAGGAGCUGAAUGAAUCUGAAUCUGCCCAAGAUUGAUCUCCAGAUGACGAGGCUUCUCUCCGGGACAUUUCGAUCCAUCAAGCACCCGAGCUCUGUUUCUACUAAGCCCAAAGGCCCUUCGAGAUCAUCAUCAUCAUCAUCAUCAUCUCCAUUGAAGCUCUCGCGAUCCUCGCCUUCAGCGUCUGCGUCGGCGAUUUCAAGAACGAGAUCGGAACCCAAUACGGAUGAUUCAAGAACAUGGUGCGUCUAUCUCAUCCUCUCCACCAGCCCCCCUAUCAAGACUUACGUUGGCGUCACCAACGAUUUCCAUCGCCGUUUGAGGCAACAUAAUGGGGAGCUUAACGGUGGUGCCAAAGCAUCUCGAGCUGGAAGGCCAUGGCUCUGUGCCUGCCUUGUUCAGGGCUUCAAGGACCGAAGUGAAGCCUGUGUUUUUGAGUCAAAAUGGAAAAGUUUCUCAAGGAAACUACCUCGCCGGAGGUCAUGCGGUGACAUGGAAAAGCAAGCAGAAGGUGUCUCUCAGUUAUUGCUUCAGCAUAGACAAAUGGCUUUGGAUAGAGUUAAAGGUGUGCUUGACUGCAGUCUUUUGGAAAUUAAUUGGAAACUGAAUCUUACUUGAUUCAUGGGUUGUCACUUUCACCAAGGUACAAGAUGUUAAUAUGUCCAAAGUUAAGUUACAGCCCUAUAGAAUUGCUAGCAUAUUGUGAUACAUGUAAAUGCUAUUGGCAGUUGCACAGUAUGCAGGUCUUUUUAUUCUGUUUUACUUGUAACUUUGCGAUCAUUCGAACUGGCGAAGGGGACUGGGUGAGAUUACAGCCAAAAAGAUGUCCCUCACAUUCACAUUGUAAAGUAAAAUGAAUGAAGAAAACAGUUGUUAAGGUUC